GAACAAUAGCCCCAUAUUACGCCCGGCGAACUUGACAUUAACUCAUGCAUUGCCUAGCAGGAAAGUUGCGUUUCUUCUGCACCGUCGUUAAAAAGCCCAAAAUGGGUUUUGGAAGCUUUGAGUAUCUUUGGUGCGUAGUUUUAUUAUCACAGGGAAUGCCGUUUUCACGUUUUCACAGCGUACAGACAAUCGCCGUGGGAUGCGGUCCAGGAACCUUUCUUAAUUCAACUGCUUUGGUUUGUCAGAAGUGUCCAAAUGGUACAUUUUCGGCUCACGAAAAUGCACGAAUGUGUUCGACGUGUAAAAGGUGUAUGGGUAGGAACAACGUGAUGGUCAAAGCAUGUACCCCUACCUCGGACACGAAGUGCGAGUGCCUACCUGGUCACUACUUUAACGGAUUUCUGAUUUGUCUCAAGUGCCAGCCAUGUAAACGAGGAUAUGGAUUUGUGAAAAAUUGCACAGCAACGACGAACACAGUUUGUGAACGGUGUGAGAGGGGAAAAACAUUCUCAGUUGGCAAGGGCUUUGAUUCUUGUAAACCAUGUAGCAAAUGUCAGAAGGGAGAGGUUGUUAAAGAAACCUGCAUAAGAAGAAGAGACACAAAGUGCACACCGGAAAAAGAUUUUAAUAAUUCGAAACAGAAACCUUUUUUACUUGUACCCACCAAAUCAAAGCCACGAACUAAUGGUGAUACACGGAUAGCGAAGGAAGAGCCGUCAAAAUCUUCAUCAGGAUCUGAAUCUUUUUCAACUCUUUCCACGAUUAUAUCGUCUACGACGGCUGUAACGGGGAAGCAGAAAGAGUAUGAAUCUUUGGAAGAGGAAGAAACUAGCUUUCAGGCUAUCCUGUACUCUCUGGUCGCAUUGCUGGUUUUAGUUAUGAUUGUUGUGAUCAUUUUUGUCCUGCGCAGGAGGCGGAGCAACAGAAAACGCCCAAAGAACAGGGGCAAGUCGGUAGAUUCUUGCGAGGAACCGAGUACGAGAUCAAACUCAAUCGAAGUCGUAGGAGCUGUAGAAAAUCCUUACACCUCUUUACCUUGUAUUGGAGGACGACAAGGUGAUAAAUUGCUACGAGAAGCUCCUUACACCCUUAUUACGGAACUAUCGCAACAUUUAAAUCCCGGAGACAGAUGGAAACAGUUGGGGGGACGACUCAAAUUCAACAGCACCCAGAUCAAUAAUUUUGCUUUGGAUAGGAGAACAGCAACUGAGGCUAUGCUUGUGGAAUGGGGCCAGAGAGACACUUCCACUGUUGCAGCGCUCAGAGACAAUUUCAGGGCCAUGAAAUGGUCGAAAGAAGCGAAAAUCACCGCAAUGUAUGUGUAGCAAUUUUUUCCGUGACCAAAGUUGCUAAUUUGUUCGUAAAUAUUGUAAGUAAGAUUCUAGUGUAAGUACUGCAGCCAUCUUUGAGCUGAAGUAUGACAUUUUCUCGGAGAAACUUAAUAUCUAGCGUCAAUUUGCCACGAAUCUAGUUUGAGGAAUCCUGUGGUAGUGAAAUAAUUUCUAGAAUUUUGAGCCGGAAAUCUACAGCCCAAUCUCGAAGACGUGGGUGCUAAUAAAUCGAAGUCCUUCGUUCUGUAGUUUUGAGAGAGGUUAUGCUAUACUAGUGAAUUUUUAGGUUAGUAAGUUGACAAAUUUAGUGUGUUUAAAGACUAUUUAAUUCAUAAAAUGAGGUCAAACCGCGUUUAUGACCCUUUCAAUCAUUUAGAAUUAUUUUGACGAGAUUCUCUUAAAAUUAUGUUAAGAAAUGUUUACGAUGGCUAAUUUUUUCGGUUUGGUAUUUUAAAGUGUUAUCAUUCCAUUAAUUUAUUAUCGUGGAAUAUUAGAUCCAACGAUCCUUAGGGGAGAGAAAUAGAGAGGUGGGGCGUUCGUGAGUGAAAGAGGAAAAAGUGAAAAUAACUGGAUUUUAAAAACCAGUGAACCAUUACAAAAUUGACCUUUUAUUCGUCAAGAGGUGCUUAUCAACUGAACACGCUUUUGGCGAUAUAGAGAAAUGAAUUUGGUAUUUUAUGCCAUUUAGUAGUCACGUAGUUGACGGAAUUAAUGUGCAAUGUUAAAUAUAACGCAAUGAAACACUUUCGCUUUAUUUUGCUAAAAGUAAAGUUUUCAACAUUUUAAGUGCGUUUGUUCUGAAUUUAGUGAAAUUGAAUCAGACCACAAAAUGUCUUUUUGUUUUGAUGAUUUACGCAAAUAUUUGUCGCCGAGUAAGAGACACGCUGCGUUUUUCUUUCAGGCCGCAGAUCGAUACUAUUUCUGAAAGAAACUCUCUGCAAUUUUUAAUUUUUUUUUAAUUUUGGCGUCUUCAGUCAAUAAUCCGCACUUUUUUUUUGAAGAAUUAUUUGGAAAUUUUCACAAUAAUUUAUGAAUCGUACAAAACGUAGAAACCAUAUGGGGUUUCUCAUAGAGUGUAUAUUUUUGUAUACAGCUGUUAACGGAAUCAUUUGUUUGAAAAUAUAUUUUUUAACGCAAAAAUUAAGAUGAAUAUUUUCUUACUUUGCUGAGAGAUAAGCUAAACUUAGUUUGAAAAUAAUUUUGUACUCUCGAGUAAAAAUUUAAAAUAACUGAGCACAAAUUUAUAAUCGCUCGAGUUCAUGGGCAAUAUUUUGACAAUUGCAUCUUGGCAUUGUUUUGUAUUGAAUGAAAUGGUAUUUAAUUUAUGGACAAUUUCAUACAACAAUUAAAAGAUAAUUAUUCUAAUGCUUGACGGCCUUAAAGUACGUGAUCAUAUUAAGGAAUUUGACAUAAGAUCGAAGCUUUUUACUUUAAUUCUUUUUGAAUGAAAGAGACAUUUUGAUGUUUGGUAAAGGCAAGUUUGGUAAGUCGGGGAGUUGUUUUUAUUCAACAUCAGACAAACCUCGCGUACUUUAGGACCCGAAACAAUUGAAAAUAAUGUUUCUUAUUGAUUGACAGGUUAUAUAUGUUGCUACUAAUUUUAGGAAGGAUCAGUUAAUGAAGACAUUAUGAUCUUUAGUUAAAUCCCGCAAAUGGGAUGAAGAGUAUGUGUAAUCUUAUCGUUAUUAAUGGUCGACGACUUACUAAGGGAUAUUCCUGGAUGAAGUUUAAACAAUUUGUUUUGUCAAAGGUACUCAGUAGAGAAAUGGAUGCUGUGGUCAAGCUUGUUGUGCCAGUAAACUGUUGGCCUAAAUAUGCAUGUGUCAAAUUAUUAUUAAAUAAGUACUGGCUAUGUAGCGAAAAAACUGCACUUUUUUUAGCCAAUAGUAAAGCUGAGAUACGGGUAAUCAUACUGAACUAUUAAAAUUAUUAAUUUUGGGAA